AUGAGUUCUGAACAAGAUGAAGAUUUUAUUAAGACUCCUCAAGAAGUUAAAUAUUUUAUCGUAGAAUCAAAUGAAAACUAUAAAUUAGCUAGAAAAAAUAAAUCAGAUAACCCUGAUAACUCUGAUAUAGAUGAAAAUCUUAAGCAUCAAAUAAUUAAAUUCUUUAUUGUGAAAUUAAAUGAAGAAUAUAAAUCAUAUCAAAAAAAUAUGAGAUUUCGCCAAAAUUUGUUCGUUGCAGAGAUUUUUAUAUCGUUGACUUCUAUUUUUCUUGGUCAAUUAUUCGCAUUGGCAGAAGAUUCCGAUAUAAUGACGAAAAUUGGAACUCAAUUAUCAUCAGUAUUUGGUGUAAUUGGUGUGUUAGUAACUAUUGUUACUGCAUAUCUUAACAAUACUGCGCAGAAAUAUUUUGAAGCAGGUAGCUCAACUGAACUCGAUGAGAGUACGUUCAAACUUAUGUAUUUACAUAUUGAUGAUAAAGUUAUUAAAGAGUUUGGAGGAAUCUGGAUUGGUGUAAUUAUUCUUUCAAAAUCAUGUGAUUUUAUUGAAAGUUUAGAGCUUAGAAUUUAUGCUAAAGAGGUUAAUCAAGAUGAUAGUUUAGAUAAUAAAAAGACUAAUGAUGAAGUUAAAGAGGCUUAUGUUAAUGAUAGUUUAGAACACGAUGAUAAUGAUUAUGUUUUUCCUAGCAGACUUAAAUACGAUAGAAAAUAUAUGUAUGACAAAAGAAAAUCUAAAGAGGGAAUGGAAGGAGUGACUCAGAAUGAGCCCAAAGAAUUCAAAAAACCUCAAAAAACUUUCCGUUUAUUUCACUUGCAAUUAUUCCCAUUAUGGGUUACUAAUAUUGAAUUAAUUCUAAAUGAAAUCAGGCCUAUAAUUAUUGAUAAAUAUAAAGAUUAUAAGAAACAAAAAUAUAUA